AUGCUCACGCCUUCAACUAUGUCGGUGCGCACUAGGGGUGUAGCACGCCCAAGUGACAGCUGCAGGCGGCUGUUAUUCAGCACAACCCACGCCUUGUGUGCCGGCGGGCCUCUCUUCAACCUGGGCGGGCUGGGCGCUUCACGAGAAGCCCAGUAUCUUUCCAAGGAGCGCGGCAUCCCACGCACCGAGUAUUCGGCAAACAUACACCUCAUCCGCUCAAGCGAAGUCGAUCCGUUCGCCCCCGCCCCCGGGGCGACCCGGACCGCCGUGGCCAGGGCAGCUGCUCGGGCUCAAGCCGAAGCCGAAGCCGAACUCGCUUCAGGUGCUCUGAGUGCUGAAUUCCCCCGUGGUCCAAUGGCGCUGGGAGGCACUGCGGGCCUGCUCGCCCAGCUGCACGCUGUGAGGAAUGAGCUUAUCGAGACCAAGGCGGCUCUGUGCCGUAUGCAGGCCCAACGCGUGAAACCCGAGAAGUCGACGAGUGCCCGCCUGCUUGACAUGGCCUUGUUCCUCACAAUCUUGUUCAUCAUUGGCAAAGGUAUAGACAAGUGGUAUGCACAGUCUCCGCGGCCAACUGAUGACCUUAUCCGGGCACAAGCUGCACAGCCUAUCGCCGAUGAAAUCGAUGAAGCAACGGCGCAGCGCCGGAGAGAGGCGCCUGCUGAGGAACAAGUCCUAGCUGAAACUGGCCUGACGUCUUUCCAACGCCAGCCAGCCACGGUGCAGAGCCCAAGGAGCUCUGUGCUGAGCGGUCUCUUUUGGGCCAGGACAUGA